GCAGCCUCGGGUUCUGGCAGAAGGUUCAGGACCAUCGGCAAUGUUAAAGUAACCAUCGUUAAUGAAAGUUUUGUUCAGCAGAAGGCAGAUGUCAUUGUCAACUGUGCUUCAGCAGACCUUGACCUCACCAAAGGUCGUGGUGCGAUGGCCCUCGCUCAAACUGCAGGCCCAGAUGUACAAAAUGAUUUGAAUAAUAAUUACAGCCAAAAUAUAAAUGAAGGGGAUGUGGCAGUUUCUGUCCCAGGCAAUUUGAGGUGUCGAAAAAUCUACCAUGUGUACCUGACUAAGUGGAAUAAUGACACAAGGGGUUUGUACAAGGUCAUUACAAACUGCUUGUUGCUGGCAGACAAUUUCAAGGUGAAAAGCAUUGUGUUUCCCAGUCUAGGGACAGGAUAUUUGAGGUAUCCUUAUGAUAAAGUCAUCAAGACAGGCUUUGAUGCUCUAGAAGCAUUCUCACGAGCUCAUAGCUCUUCAUCUAUAGAGACAGUCACGUUUGCCGUAUAUGACACUGAAACAUACCAGGUGUUUCAAAACGAAAUCCGACAGUUCAGGCCUGGGUCACAAUCUUCAAGACACCGGUCUUCUGGAUCAGCUGGAGCAACGGCAAACAGUACUUAUGUAUCUGUACAGUUUGGUCAGAUAAAUUUGGAGGUUGUGAUGGGAGCACUACCACAACAACAGGUGGAAGUAAUAGUGAACAGUGUACCAUUUGAUCUUGAUUUAUCAAAUGGAGGCCUGUCAGAGGCCUUGCUCAAGGUCGCAGGUCAAAGCCUUCAGGAUGAAUGCAUCAAAAGUUACCCUAACGGCAUCUCCACAGGACAGAUACUGACGACAAAAGGAUACGGCCUUGCCUGUAACUACGUCUACCAUGGCUGUCUACCAGACUGGUCAAACACUAACUCUGAGGAGGCGAAAGAGGACCUAUUUGGAUUCAUGAUGGGCUGUCUAGAGGAAGCAACCAGCUACAGUACAACAUCUAUAGCCUUUCCAACCUUAGGAAUAGGUAGUCUCGGCUAUCCUGCUAAUGUUGUAGCAAAGGAAAUGAUCAAUUGUGUAAAGGAGUUUAGUGAUGACAAUCCCCAAACCACACUGACUGAUAUCCGCAUCGUGAUCUUCAACAAGGGCCAGGGUGUGGGAGCUUUACAGAAGGCUUUCAAAAGUGAAUGUCAGCCUUUCAUAUCUUCAGUGCCUGUGACUCCUCCACCACUCCCUUUCCGUCAGCCUGUGACUCCUCCACCACUCCCUGCCCGUCAACCCAAUGUACAUAAUCCUGAUGCUUCGUCAGGAGACAUGAAGACUCCAUCACUGCAGAAACGGCCACCUCCAACAAAGGGAACUCAAGCUUAUUUCAACUAUAUGUAUGAACAAUCUCCAAUAUCUCCAUCAUAUUGGACUAAGUAUGACAACAGUAAACCUCUCAAGGUCUGGAACUUGACCCUGGCUCCUACAGCAUCCAGCCAUGCUGUGUAUUUACCAGUGACUAGAAAUGUGUACAGAGCCAUAGAAACACUUGUCAAAAAGUCCUGGAAUGCAGCCCAUUUUGGACAUGGAAACGAUGCUAAAGGCUUGGCACAGAUUGGAUACAGUAACCUCCAAGUUACAAAUAUUGAACGUAUAGAAAAUCCUGUUUUAUAUGAAAAAUAUGCUCAAAGUAGAUCCCAUUUUUUUCUCAAGGCUGCCAAAUAUGGAAAGCCAUUGACUCCAAUUGAAAAAAUUGCUGUUUCCUCUAAUACGCCGGUGCUGACUACAAAGUUGUGUGAUGCUACUCUGAUGCAGGACAUCUAUCCGGAGAUUAAUGAGCAUUACACAUUUCAUGGAACACCUGAGGACAGAGUAGCGAUCAUUACUGCCCAGGGUUUGGACAAUAGAUUGGCUGGUAAUACAGUCAUCGGACAGGGGGUAUACACAGCAGAGAGCUCCACAAAGUCAGACCAAUAUGCAGAUUAUGUGACAAAGCGUGACAAGACAAGUGACAAGAAGAUGUUCUUGACCCGAAUAUGUCUAGGAGAGCCGUAUAUAUUAAAUAAAAAACCAGCAGCUGCUUUCAAACGUCCUCCAUGUAAAACAUGCAAGAAAGAUAUGUGUGCUGAUCUGUCACAUGCAGGAAAUUAUGACUCGAUUGUUGUGGAGGAUUUCUGGAUCUUUCGGGAAUUUGUUGUGUUUGAAAAGGACCGAUGUUAUCCAGAAUACUUGAUCACCUACAAAAGGGUUUGAGGUCUGUGUGUAUUGUAUGGAGAUGACCAGUGGUUUGUUCUGAUACUUACUUCUACUACAGCAAAUCCAGCAGGCCAACAAAGAAAUUCUGGAUAAAAGUUGUUUGCAAAACAAGGAAAAUGCUUGUUGUCAACAAUUUUCAUUGUGCUCCAACCAUGUUAGUAGGUGUACUACUAGGUGUUCAGUCAACAUGCAGUAUACAGUAACUAUUUUCAUUUUUUUUUUUUUUUUUUUCAAAAUGUUUUAUUGACAAAGGCAAAGACAUGUAAAGUAAUUAAUAUCCAAACAUGAAUAUUGUUUUUUUCGUACACAAUUCACAUGUCACUAUAUUAACUAGCAAAUAUCAUUAUUUUAUUUAAUAUAUAUAAAGUACAAGGAAACAUUCAAAUAAAAACUUAUAAUCCUAACAAUAAUAUCUUAAGUUACCAUUUACCUCGCUUCUACUAGUGAACCGAAACAACAUAAACAUGAAAUCAAUGGUGUUUGGAAAUAUGGAAUUCAUUCUGAAGGAGCCAAAAUAUUAAAUUUUUUCACAGAUAAAUGAACAUUGACAGUAUUCAACUAAGUGGUGUAAAUAUAAGUAUAUAUAAGAUAAGGUAAAUAUGAGAUAAGUUUGAUAUGAGAUUCAGGUAUAUAGGAGCCUUACAUACAAGGUUCCUAACUUAAAAAUAAAGAUGCAUUGUAGACUUUUUUAAUGUAGCACAAAUAGUAGCAAGUAAAGAAAUCAAUUUGUUUACAUUUUUUCAGACAUCCAUUUAAUAUGAUCAAGCUGAUUUGAUAAAAAUCGGUAAUUAACCAGCUAGAAAUAUAAUGUUUGUGACACUUCCAUGACAUGGGAAAUUAUCCAACAUGCAAAUUUCUUUUUGUUAAGGUACUCAUGUUAUUUUUAAAAAGUACAGAUAAUAAAAAAAAAAAAAAAUUAUAGGUGAUAUA